UUAACUGUACCACUUCACAACUUAUCUCGUCUACGUAGGAGGUUUGUGUGGAGCAUUUGAAAGCUCCAAUGGCAUCUUCUUCAUAUUCAAGCCUCUCAUGGUGUUCUGCUCCAAUACCCAAACCAUCCUCCACAAUUCCCUUACCAUCAUCUCUUUUUCCCUCAAAUGCUCGUGGGUUUACUGGAAUUUCACCCCAAAAAUCCAUUUCCAGCUCAAGAGCCCAAGCCAAGUUUGACAAAUUUCAAGGCCAAGAUAAUCUUGAACAAGACUCCACAGAGCCAGCUCUUUUAGACCCACAAUUGCAAACAAUUGAAGAAGAAGAAGAAGAAGAAGAUGACGAUUGCCUGCCUUCUGAUUUGGAGGGUGCCGUUCAGCAGUCGGGCCAAGCAACUGCCACUUUUGUAUCUUCAGGAGGAAUGAGAGCCAUAGUUGAGCUCUUAAUACCACAGCUUCAGUUUCUUGACGAUGAGGGUGCACAAGCUGAAUUAUGGGAACUAUCAAGGGUAUUUUUGGAAACACUUAUUGAGGAGACAGGAUGCCAGAGAGUUAAAGCCAUUUUUCCAGAUGCUGGAGCUGCCGCACUUCUGAAAUAUCAGUGGAAAGAUGCUACAUUUGGAUUCUCCAGUCUAGGUGAUCGGAAGCCAGUCACUAGGGAAGACGAAAUUGUUGUCAUGGUAGUUCCUGAUUAUCAGAUGCUGGGAUAUGUAGAAAAAAUUGCAUCCGAUCUCUCAGAUGACCCGCCUAGGCCUCUUAUCAUGUGGAACCCUCGUCUGAUUAGUGAGGAUGUCGGAGUGGGGAUCAAUGUACGUAGGCUGCGGCGCAAUUUUUUAAGCACCUUCACCGUUGCUUACUCGAUGAGACCUCUAGCAUCUGGUGCUGUAUUUAGAUGUUAUCCCGGAUUGUGGAAAGUGUUUUAUGAUGAUAAGGACCGACCAAACAGAUAUCUUCUUGCCAAGGAACAGAUCAGCCGUCCAACUACAGAAGAUCUGGAGAUAAUAUUUGGAGGUGUGGAUGAGAAGGAAGAGAACGGUCGCUCACUGUUAGAUCAAGCAGCUGGAAUCUUCUCUUCUAUAAACCGCUUCAUGAAAGUCAUUUCAAGAUAGACCAUGCCAUCACCUUUUAACAGAGAGGCAUAAUGCUGAGCAUUCGACUAAAUCAAUGUACAGUCAACAACAGGAGCCUUUCGCAGUGCACUCCCUCUUAUCUAUGAACACACUUGGAUGUCUUCUACAAUGGAUUACCAGAGUACAGAUUAAAUGAGUGCAUUCAGUUUUCAUGAUCAGAGUAAUCAUGGUGAAUUUGAAGGAUCUCUUUUGCUAUACAUGCAUGUAAACUUCAUAGGACCCCUGAUAUAAUACUAUAAAGACUGAUCCAGGAUGAAGCAAAAUGUUUGUUAACCGAAUCAUGCCUAUCACCGACUUUUUUUUGUUUAAAGAAGAAAGUGACUCUUUCAAAAUA